GCACCAGCCACCGACGUUGCCCCCACCCCAGGUCCCUCGGCCGCGCCCGCCGACUCGUCCUUCAGGUACUUCCGCUCCCCGACGUCUGCCCAGCAGCCCCGCCCCAACCUGGACGACAAGUACUUUGAGCCGACCGUCGCCGACGUCCGCGCCCAACAGACGUCGCUCUCCGCCCGCCGCGACGCGCUCCAGAACGCGCCCCUGCGCACGUCCGCGAUGCGCAAGGCGGACGACGACAAGCGCAGAGCCCGCUGGCCCAACACAACGAUCCGGAUCAAGUUCACGGAUGGGACGGCGCUCGAGCGGACGUUCCCCUCGACGGACAAGAUCCGCGCCGUGUACGCGUUCGUGCGGGGCUCGCUCCGGGAGGACGCCCGGCCGCACAAGUUCGUGCUCUCAGACCAGCCGCCGAAGGACGAGCUCAAGGUGUCGGACCCGAAGGUGCGCGACCUGUCGCUGAGCGAGCUCGGGCUCGCCCCGUCCUCGGUGCUCCUCAUCAAGUUCGUGGACGAGGAGUUCAACCACCCCGGCGUGUCCCCGCCACUGGAUCCAUCGGUCCUGGCCGCCAUCGAGGACUAUCCGACCCCGCCGUCCUUCGAUUCGACGCCCCCCUCGUCCAGCGACGGCAAGACGCUCGGUGGCAGCAAGGGCGGCAGCAAGAUGCCCGGCCUCGGCGCCCUCAUGAAGGACGGCGAGGUCAAGGUGCCCAAGUGGAUGAAGCUCGGGCCCAGUGAG